GAAUCCCGGAUUGUGAAGAAUUGAAUUCUGAUGGUGGAUGUUGUAUCUGAUUCGGUUAUCAUCACAUGACCGUGAUAAGGCUUGUUACAAUAUCCAUCUCUCCACUCGAUUCGCGCUCCGUUUGAAGUUCUUCCCCCAAGCCCAAGCUUCCAAGUUCUGCGUCAGCGCCCGAGAGACAAGGUGAAGGAGCGAAAUCGAUUUGGUGAUGUCUCGAAAGAUGAUCACGGGAUGCAAAAGCUAGUCGACUCACCCACCAGCAGCAGCAGUGCUCUCAACGGCUUCGAGUCCCACCGCGCCAGACUCAAACAGUUCCGUCGACAGGCCAUCCACUCGAUCGGCCUCAACAGUAAAUUAACACAGCAGGAACAGCAGCAGCAGCAGAGGCUUACCCAAGACCUGACUCACAGCCUUACUAAUCCCAGCUCUUCACCCUCUGCCAAGCCCACGCUGAUGAUGGUCAACAGGAAAACUGAACAAGAACAGCCCACUCUCAACCCAGACUCACCAAUCCAUCUCCAGUCUCGGGAUGAAUUUCGUUCCAACUCACAAGAUAGUCGUCGUGGUCCGUUUGAAAUACAUUCCCCGACAACAUCAGUGAGUUUGGAUCGUCCAGACGCUUCAAGCAGUGUCAAUCUUACUCGGCAAUCCUUUACUUCCACCACUCCACCCAUCCUCAAUCAGUUUGGAACAACAGCACAAGAUCUUCCUAAUCCUCAAAGCAAACUUGACCGUCCCUCAAACUCAGAAUAUCGAUUUCCUCCAGCCUCAGCCAUCACCACCGAGCUCGCCCAAGGCCAUCCACAUGAAGAGACAGCCUCAAAAGUUGGCUCAAGCAUCCUCAACCCAUUUCAAACCCACAAACAUGAUCACCAACUAGAUCUUCAGCCUGAUCUCACCAAUCUCCCUGAAGCCGUGCCAGGAACAUCCAACCAAAUCAAUCUGCAACCCCAUACUUCAUCCGAUGACGGCCCUCAAGAUCACCCUCAGUCGAAUCCUUCCAAACCUAACAUCCCCGCACCACUCAAGAUCAUUCCCUCAUCCUACCGUCGUUCAAUCUCCGCUCCCUUCACGAGUAAUGGUCUGCUUGAUUUCUCGGGUCGGUUAGAUUCGAUUACGGAAGAUGGCAUUCUCUCCGCGUCCGCCCAAAUGGACUCAUCCUAUCAUCUCAUGAAUCCGCUGCGAACUCCGAUGCCAUAUGGCGGGUCUGAUGACGCGCGUGACUUCUCGUCAAUGAAAUUCCCGUUUGAGGGUAGUCCCCCCACUCGAUCCCUAGAUCGAUCUAGCCCCACUCAAUCCAAUAUCCCAGACCAAUCCACUCGUCCUAGUUCAGCGUCAAGUCAAUCUGACCAUAUGUAUCGAAAGUGGACCGGUAGUUUCUAUGUUUGGGUCUACGAUGCGCCCUCAAUCACUUCUGAUACUACCACCCAGUCUAGCUCGGCGAUGACCAACAACCCCUCUACUGCAUCGAACCUGUCAAAUAACCUCAUUGGCGGGAUCUCCAAACAUUUUUUUCAACACGUCAAGCCAAGCAACUCCGGGUUUGAGUCAAAGCCUUCCAAGUUGUUGAUUGGGAAGAAAGAACGACGCGGGGUUAAAUUAGGACUGAUCAGUGGAUUGACGAAGCAGAAGGACGCUCUAUCAUCAUCUCAGCUGGAAUCAUCUGGUGCUGCUACCAGUCUGAAUACUCACCGGCCGAAUCUCGAUCCACACAGUCUAUCCGAACAUUUAGAUGCGCUUGUUGAUCGGAGUGCGAUCGAUACGAUUGAGAUAUCCAAGUUGAACCAGACUCGGUUUCCAUCCAGCUCGAAAACAGCAGACCAGCCAACCAAAUCGAGAAAACAUCCUUUCAAUGCCGAAUCCAAGAGCGGCCGGAGGAAAUUUGUCUCUGAAUCCAAUGGUAGUGGCGGCGGGAGUGGCUCAAUUACUAGUCACUUGGCAUUGGGACCAGGCGCUGCGAUGAACUCUCAAGGCAUCGGCUCUGGUCAAUGGAAAUUGGUACAAGGUGUGAUUACGGAAGAUGGCCAUUUCACGCUAUACUCGGGUAACGAUGUGAUUUUAUAUCGGAUAUACUUGCCUUCUUACCGACGAACGGAUGUUCGGAUGGUGCAUCAGUCGAUCUUUGGCCGUCCCCACUGUGGCGUGAUCACCCGCAGGAUAGGAAACACCGCUUCAUCUACUAAUGCACCCAUUCACCCUUCAAUGCCUACCUCAUCAACUUCCUUGCCCAUACACCCUUCUUCCUCUUUCUUUUCGUCUUCCACCAAUGGCUCUCUCUCUUCUCUAACACCCAGUACAUUUAGCAAUCCGCAUCGUCUGGGCCCAUCUCUAUCCAUGCCCACUGCGGCGAAUAUGCAAGACACGACAAAGAGUCUUGGAACUGAUCCCGCCAAUCCCGCUUCUCAACAGGCUGAUCUCUCAACUGGGGCCUCGGAACUAUCGGUCUAUAUCUGCAUGCCCAAUUCAGUUUUGCUCGAGUCCUGGCUCGUGAUCUGUAAAUGCUUUUGCAGGCCUGAUGACUUCAGACAUCUUUAUCCUCGUUCCAACAAGAAGAGUCAAAACGGUGGUCACAAGGGAGCGAAGGCUAGGCUUCAGAGUUUGUCAGUCUCGCAAAGUAAUCAAGAGCUAUCACCAUCACCGGCUCUGUCAAGCACGGGCGAAGAAGCAUCGGCCAAAAAUCCGGUGAGCUCCGUCAAACAGGGAUUACCAGAACGAGUUAGGAUCUGGAGAGGGGUCGAGAUCCAACUACUAGAAGGUAGAAAAUUAGGCGAAACGCGACAAAUAACUUUCAACAGUGUGGUGGUUGAUUCUUCUUCUGGAGCAGCAGGAGUACCCAAUCCAACAAAGUUGAUGACAAAAGAAGAAAGAAGGAAUUCGACCGGAGGGUUUCUACAUACCAGCAGUCAAACUUCCUUGCUAUCGAUUAACAAAGAAGCACUCUUCAACAAGUCGAAUUUUGGAAAACAUCAAACCGCUCAGCAAUUUAUUAUCAGCGAUCACAAUCAACAACCUGAACGUCAAAACCUAAAGCAGAAAUUAACCCAACGUAGUAAUUCGAAAAACAAUGAUGACUUUGACGAUUCGACCACCGGUUUUUCGAGCUCAAUCACGUCCAACCUGAGCGGUCUGACUAAUCGCCAAAGUCUCCAAACCUCUUCUUUGCCAAACUACGAAGACAAGCCCGCUUCAACAGCAUCAAUCAGCGCAACCAUCCCAUCUCAUGAAUCUUCAACCCAUAGCUCCAAGCACAACUCCAUAUCAAACAACAGUUUCAAUGAUAACUUUUACUUUGUUGAGUUGGACUGGGAUAAGGAAAUCAUUGGCAGAUCAACUAUCAAGCGGAAUGCCAACCCGUUCUGGAGCGAGUCGUUUAAAUUUUCAGAAAUUGGAUCAUUCAAAGUGCCCCUGAUCUUAAACGUCUAUCAAAUCAAGAGAAACCUGAAUAACGUUCACUCAAAAUCAUCAUCGAAUCCAAACCAUUCAAAUCAAAACUCCAGCUCGCCACCAGUCUCUUCUACAAUCACAUUAAUCGGCCAAAGUCAGUUGGAUUUCAAGACGUUCGAAAAGAACACCCAGUUGCAACUCUGGCUGCCUAUCUAUUCCAACGCCAACAACACUACCGCCGAGUUUGGCGGCGACGAAAAUUUUAACCAGUACGACGGACGAGAGAAUCUUUACACUAAACUGGAAAUCAUGGGUGAAAUUAACCUGUCUAUUACCGUCAUUGAGCAGGUCGUGUUGGCUGAACCUGAAUAUGCUAAGAUGAUGAAUUUCAUGAAUAAUGACAACGACAUUGAACUACCGCUCAACUUAGCUCACAUGGCCGUUGGUGAAUUAGAUCGAUUGGCGGAGUUGCUGAUCAGAAUUUAUGAAGCAAAUAAUAGGCUAAUCCUGAGAUUUUCUCAACUUGCGGCGAUCGAGAUUAAUGGCGACUUAUCGACGGCAAGCAUUUUAUUCAGAGCCAAUACACUACUAACGAAGAUGUUGGAAGCCUACAUGAGGCUCGUUGGAAGGUCCUUUCUAGAAUCAAGUAUCGGGCCGGUUGUUCGUCGGAUUUGCAUUGCGAAAACCGAACUCGAAAUCGACCCUGCCAAACUAAAACCAUCGCUCUCUGCUCAUCAGAAGGAGAAAAUUGUCACUGAGAAUGUCAAGGAGUUGAAGAAGAUUUGUAACGAGAUCUGGCAAUCAAUGUACAUCAACCGAUCUAAAUGUCCCAAUCGAUUGAGGAAAAUCUUCGUCAAAAUCCAAGAAUUGGUCGGCAAUGCUUAUGCUGAUCAAGAUAUGAGACUGACCUCGAUUUCAGCCUUUGUCUUUCUAAGGUUCUUUGUGCCUGCCAUCCUCAAUCCAAGAUUAUUCAGCUUGAUUCAAUUUCAGCCCGAUGGUAAAUCCCAGCGAACCUUGACCUUGAUUGCCAAGACUUUGCAAGGCUUGGGCAAUCUGACUCUGUUUGGGAUCAAGGAACCCUGGAUGAGCGUGAUGAAUGAAUUCAUUACUACUCAGCUGGAUUCAUUUCGAGAUUACAUUUCAUUUAUUGCGAGUGAAUCCGACUCAACCAAACCAGAAUGGACCUCGAAAGAAUACGAGGGAUAUGGAUUACCUUAUGCACUUCGGGCCUCAUUGCCUUCUUCAUCUCGGGACGGCAUCCCAACUCUACCUCACUUGCUGGAUCCUGUUCGAGAUUGUUCACUCUUGGCGAGUUUGAUGACUAUCAUCAACAAGAAAGCAUCUGGCUCGAGCUCCUCAAAGCAUCACUCCUCCGUCCUCCCACCCAAGACGACCAAUCGACCUCGUCGGUAUACUGACGCCACCGAGCCUUCAGAAAAAGCAGCACCUACAAACAGUGAUUCUACAGCUGAUUUUUUGAAGAUCUGUGGUGAUCUGUAUGCUAAAUCCGAAAGGCGAUAUGUGAAGAUUAUCCAGUCUGAAUCAAAAACAUCAAAUGCUCCAAAUAGGACAACAGCGACUACAGCAACCACUCCAGCGAUUUCUGACAUCCAAAAUCCAACAACAGCGUCUCCUGGGUUGCUUCCGCCCGUAACAUCGACUCAAAGCGGCUCACCCCAAAGUAGUCUCAACUGCCGAACAUGGGCUCUCAAUAGUCACGAUCGUAUCGAGCAACUUUCCCCAGCCCUGUCAACACAAAUGCUGAAAUCCCCAUCAACUGACUCGACUACUCGUUGGAAACGGUCCCAUACUAUCACUGCUGAACAGGGCAGUAGCGCUGCUUAUAAUCAUUCUGAUCAUCUGAUGGAGUCGCCCAGUACUCCCAGCAAGCAGUCUUCGCUCGGUAUCCUUGGCAUAGGUCCUCGGCCGGUAAUCCAUUCAAAUGCUUUGGAGCCAAGUCCAAAGUUCUCGAGUCAAUCACCUCAGCUACCAUCUUCUGGUGUCGUGGACCAUAAUCAUAAUCACUUUGGAUUCAGUACCCCGAGGUAUAACUCGAAGCCUAAUGGCUCUGGUACUCUUUUGGUCGGUGUCCAAGAUUAUGAAAUUACUCCGCAGUAUUCGCAGGAGAGUCAUCAGGGAGAUAGGAGGGAGAACCCCCCAGAGCGACAAAGCAGCUCGACAUCGGUUUCAAGUAUUGUGAUUGAGAAGCGAUCCAGUCUGAAGAAGCCCCUAGUGAAUCGAUUGAAAGAUUCGAUUGUGGGGAUCCAUGGAGACCGAUCGUCAUCGUCAUCAUUAUCGUUGAGCUCCCUCGGCUCAUUCAACUCGCCCUUCUCUUCUCCGACCUGCUACAACGUCCCGACCCACUGUGAGUAUUUCAAGGACCAGAACGAGGGGGAAGGCAGUCCGCAAAACCGGCUGACGCCCACGAACCGGUCGACCUCUUCGAUCAAUGCCCUCGGCGAAGCCACUGGCUGUCACCCCAGUCUGCCCGCCAACCCGAGCUAUCUGCUCAACCUCAACCAUCCCCUUAUCCACCGCAACUUGAGCUCAUCCAGCUCGCCCUCCUCACCCGUCAUCCCUCCGCCUUCCUCAACUGCUUCCUCCCACGUUGUCUCCGCACCGACGACUCCUAAUAGUAAUCUUGCUUCUGACACCCCUCCUGAUCCCGACGAUCAUCAUGCACAACUUCUUAACCGCAGUGGCAGCAGCAUCGUCCAUCCUCAUCAAUCCAGCCCCCUCAACCCUCCCCUCGCGCCCUCAGCCAUCCCCCCUUCUGCCUCCUCCUGCUCCUCCUCCACUACUACUACUACGUCCAUUAUCAAUGAUGGCCAUGUUGCUCAUGCCGUCCAUCCGGCUGAUACUAGUGGUAGUACUAGUAAUAGCACCUGGACUCAUCGUGGUUUCAUCCAUAAAAUGAUGCGCAAAAACUCUACCGCUAGGUAAUCAUCCUCUCUUCCUUUGAUUCUUCCUUUUUUCUAGUUUCGCUUUUUCUUUCGUCUUUUUUUUUUUUUCUUUUAUCUGUUUUUUUUUCUGUUCUUCUUUUCUGCUGGAAAGCAGA